AUGGGGCCGAGUUAUCUGACAUCGGUGCCGGACCCCGAGUCGCAAGGGCCAAUAGUUGCUGUUCCUGGCACAGACUGGAGUCAACAACUUCUCAAGCUUGCCAAAACGGCGGAACUCAAGAAACACACCCUUGCACUGCAGAUUCACACCGCCGAUAUCGUCAACGCGCAAGCCUCUCUCGAGGAAAAGCAGAAGGCGCUUCAAGAUGUCCGAUCCGAGAAGAAUUGGCUUGAGAGCGAGCGUGAGCGGCUGUUGGAGGCACUGAAGGAGGUCAAUCUCGAUAGGGAGAGGGUCGAUCUGGCUGAAGCGAACCUCGGUCGAAGCAUCCAAGAAUAUCAAACUACCAUCACGACCGUAACCGACGGAGACUACGCUCCGUCGCGCGGAACAGUCGACGCAUUGCGUCAGGAGCUCGAGCUUCCACCUCUCCCCAGCUUGCAGGACACGUUGAACGAGAAAGCAGCCAUAAUACUCGAAGAGAAGCGGCGUGCUGCCCAGCCUCAACUUGCAUCUGGUUCGCAGCAACGGAAGCGCGGAAGACCCAAAAAGCAUGGGGAUGCAGGGGCGGUGCCUGGAACUGGAGAGCUGAGUUUUGAGGGCAUCACUGCUGGGACCUUGCCGGAUGGCACAGGGAGGAAUGGCGAGACUGGAGAGUCGAACCCCAAGAGGCCGAGAGGAAGACCGAAGAAGAGCAAAGGGACGGCGAGCGAUCCGGCCGUCCCCACCGGCGGUCAUGUCCAGAUGCAAGUGCCGAUGCAGGGCCAAAUGGACGUGCCCCAAUGA